GUUUGUGUCUAGAUCCACUGUGAGUGUUGGACUCACUCAUUUCUCUCUAUAAAAUCAAUGGCCCCUGCGGGGCACAUGGGUCAAUCAUGUAUGACAGUGCCUUUUGCCUCCUCCAUUGCUCUUGGUUGUAUUUCUUUGUUGGUUCUCUUGUUCUUCAUUAAAAAAUCUAAGUUCACUCGAAAGAACAUGGAGUCUAUCAUCAAUCUUCCAACUGUUCCAGAGAUUCCAGGGCUGCCUUUGAUCGGGAACUUGUUACAGUUGAAAGAGAAGAAGCCACAUAAGACGUUUGCUAAGUGGGCUGAGAAAUAUGGACCGAUCUAUUCCAUCAGGACCGGAGCUUCUACUGUUAUUGUUCUUAAUUCAACUGAUGUUGCCAAAGAGGCCAUGGUAACCAGAUACUCAUCCAUUUCGACGAGAAAGCUAUCAAAUGCCUUGAAGAUUCUCACUGCUGAUAAAACCAUGGUUGCAACAAGUGAUUAUGGUGAAUUUCACAAAUUGGUAAAACGAUGUAUUCUGACAAGUUUAUUGGGUGCAAAUGCUCAGAAGCGACAUCGACCCCUUAGAGAUGCCAUGAUUGAAAAUUUAUCAACCCAAUUUCAUGCUCACAUCAAGAAUAAUCCUCUGGAAGCUGUGAAUUUCAGAAAGACGUUCGAGUCUGAACUUUUUGGACUAUCAAUGAAAGAAGCUAUAGGAAGGGAUGUGGAAUCAAUAUAUGUGAAGGAGCUAGGCAUCACUUUGUCAAGAUAUGAGAUACAUAAAAUUUUAGUGCUUGACAUGAUGGAGGGCGCAAUUGAGGUGGAUUGGAGAGACUUCUUCCCAUAUCUCAAAUGGGUUCCUAAUAAGGGCUUAGAGAUGAAAAUUCAACGAUUAAGUUCUCUUAGACAUGCUGUGAUGAACGCUCUGUUGAGUGAGGAGAAAAAACGAAUUGCUUCCGGAGAGGAACGAAACUCUUAUGUUGAUUACUUGUUGACUGAAUGUAAAAACUCACUAACGGAGCAACAAAUAAGUAUGUUAGUCUGGGAGACAAUCAUUGAAGCUGCAGAUACUACUUUAGUUACAACAGAAUGGGCUAUCUAUGAGCUUGCUAAGGAUCCAAUCCGCCAGGAUCUUCUUUUAAAGGAAAUCCAAACUGUUUGUGGGUCAAACAAGCUUACAGAGGAAAACAUAUCCCAGAUUCCUUACCUAACUGCUAUAUUCCAUGAAACUAUAAGGAAGUACAGUCCAUCUCCAAUGAUUCCUUUGCGGUAUGCUCAUGAAGAUACUGAAAUAGGAGGAUACUUUAUCCCUGCUGGCAGUGAGAUUGCCGUAAACAUUUACGGGUGCAACAUGAAUGAGAAACAAUGGGGAGAUCCUAACGUGUGGAGGCCUGAGAGAUUUCUUGACAAAAAGUAUGAUCCCAUGGAUCUGCACAAGACCAUGGCCUUCGGAGCAGGAAAGAGGGCCUGCGCAGGUUCUCUUCAGGCAAUGUUGAUAUCUUGCACAGCGAUCGGCAGGUUGGUGCAGGAAUUCCAGUGGAGACUAAGAGAUGGUGAGGAAGAUGAUGUUGAUACUCUUGGCCUCACUACUCACAAACUUCAUCCAUUGCAUACACACAUAAAGCCCAGAAAUUGAUAACUGGAAAAGCACCUCAUAGAAGACUCAUCCUGUUUCUCUACUCAGCUUGGAAACAUAGGAAGUCUGUUUACAUAAUGAUGUCUAUGGAGUCAAUAACCAUUUUGGACUGUUAAGUUUCAUCUUAAGAAUUAUGCGUUACUGCAUUGCUGAUUAAAAGGACUGUUUCUUGUUUAACUUCGUUUCUAUGAGAUCGUUCAUCUUUUAUUUA